AUGACACUCUUGUAUAGCCCAACAGAAAGGACGAUCAACAAGAUCAUCCGCCUGGUCGUAGAAACUGGCACCCUCACGGCUGGAGUGGCGAUCGUCACCUUGAUCCUCUGUACCAGACUACCGGGCACGCAGUACUACGAAACAACGUUAUACGUCCUCACAAAGCUGUACGCGAACACCUUUCUGGCCAACCUCGUCAGCCGCGCGUUCCUCGAGCCCCCCACACCGGCGGGAUUCGGGACGAGACUGGAGACGCGCGAGGUCGAGGAUAGGCUGGAUAGCAGCAUCCAUUUGCCGGCGCCGGGCACGGCCACGAGCUGA